AUGGCUGUGCAAGGAAAGCUACAGACUGAAGACAGAAUUAUGGUUUGGAAUAAGGAUGGUAAUAUGAAAUGCUAUCUUUGUAAAGCUUGUAUGGACUCUCAUGACCACUUAUUUCUUCAGUGCAAGUUUUCAAAGAAGGUGUGGGAAGAAAUGCUAAAGAAGAGUUCGGUUUCAGGAAUAAAUGGUGACUGGGAGAACAUAGUGACCAUAAUGUCAUCAAAGUGUAAGAGUAAUGCAGUAGCUAAUGUUGUGGGAAGACUAAUUUUGGUAGCUACUGUCUAUUACAUUUGGCAGGAAAGGAAUAGAAGAAUGUUUUGUGGUGAGGAAAGAACUGAGAAUGCUGUUAUUGAGAGUACAAGUGAAGCUAUAAAAUUGAGGCUUAUGGGGUUGAAGGUUAGGAAAACUGAACAUGUUAUUAGGGAAUAUGAGAAGUAG